AUGUUAGUGGAGCAUUGGCAUUUCAUGGCGCUUGUAAAGCAAACUCCGGUGGGCCUAUGGACUGGAAUUGUUGAAGAUCCAGCUGAAGCCACUGGAGGAAAAGUAGAAAAGAUUCAAUGCAGCCCAAGUUAUGGGAUCUUGAUUACCUUAUCUCCAUCCGAAAAGUAUAUUUUAAAAAAGAUGUCGUUCAUAAUGCGCCUAUUGUCCGCCAUAAAUUGGUGCGCCUACGAUUUACUGUGUGUGUCCAGUGAUCAUUAUCAGACUAACACUGGCGAGGAUAUUUCCUCUAUUACUUUUAUCGCUAAAAAUAAGUGGUGA